AUGUGUCGUAUCAUUGCAUGCAGAAUCCUUGUUGAAGCUUUCUUUAUGAUCAUGCAAGAUUCCGUUGCAGAAAAAACGAAGUCUGCUGUGAUAAGUAGCACAAACAUCAGAAGCAGGACACUGCCCCUUCAGGAAGAUCGCAGUGGGAUUAGGGCGUGGGACAAUGAGAGUACCGACGGGAAUGUGAUCAAGCCGUUAGAGGUGAAGAUUGAAGGAACGAAGUCCACAGGAAUAGACGAAAAGAAGUAA